CACAAACUCUAUGGUAAAAAUGGCAGAUUGUGACUGACAAGUCUGCGAUUUUCGUAAUUUAUUUUUGGGUGCAAUAAUUACUGCCUUUGUGGUUUUUAAGUGUUUAUCGUGUUAUAUUAUAAGGUAUUAAACUAGUACUUGAAGUGAAAGUUUUAUAUUUGUGCACAGUCGUAUUGCUUAUAUGUUGCAACUUCUCGUAAAAUAGCUUUGGUAUGAUGAUAACAAAAGAUAUAAAAAUUCAGCCUUGUACCUUUCUAUGUUCUUUUUCGUCACAUGUGUACCGUCAAGAUUAGCGAGUCAUGGACAUUAACAGCCGCAUAACUCGGGGCUUGUAUACGUAACUGUGCGAAUUGUGGGUUUAAGGAUUGUGACGUCACGAUAUCGACAAUACGUUAUUUACAGAUGUUUGUACGCCUUUGUCGGUGAGUGGUGUUUGUGGGUGGUGUCCGGGUGCGGGCGCGGUUCGCGGGCAGGGGGGGGCUCGGCGAGGAUGGGCGGCGAUGUCUGCCCCCUCCGAAAGCGCGACCAGCCCUUCGCCAUGUGCAUGCACUAACAUAUCGCUUAUGCAAUUGUUCCACGAGCUGAAGCAGAAGUUCCCCGGCGUUCCUGAUCAUGUGGUAUCGAACACGAUCGAGCUAUACUGCCACGACAAGCAAGCCUGCGAGACUCACCUGCACAGCGAAGCCAAGGCCUCCCUAACGCACGCCUACCAUGCAUCCUCUUCGGCAGCCGCGCGCCAGCUCAACGAGCUUAAGCUCAACCCACCGAGCAAGUGCCGCAACCAGCCCAUAGUCAAGCACGAGGCUCCCUGCUCUACUCCUGUCAUCUCCACCACUUGCCAAGAGCCACAGACUGCUGUGAUCAGUACCUGCACUGACACAGAUGAAGAUGAUAAGAAACCAAACACAGAUGCUAAUCAGAAUGUUGUUGAACACAAAUGUGAUGAAAGUGAAAGGAAAACUAACAAUACAUCACCUGUUACGGUUAUAAACAUUGAUAAUUGUUAUGCUAAAUAUAGUGCGGAAUCACCAAGCGAUCUAGAGUUAACAAAUGAAAAUACAAAAGAGGAUAAACCGAGUAUAUCACAAGAGGGUGUUACAGAACUACCUGAGAGCACAAAUUACCAAAUAUUGAAGAGUAGUAAAAUUAAAUAUAACCUUCAUGAAAGAUUAGAAAAGGGUAAAGAAAAGAAGACAAUAAAAAAAGAGGAACUACCAAAGGAAGUUAAAAAAGAAGAACAAGUGAAAGAAGUUAAGAAAGAGGAACAACCAAAAGAAGAUCUUCAGGAAAAGCAAGAGAAACCAACAAGACCUAACACACUCAACUUCAUAAAGCCCAAUCCAGACAUUGCAUUUAAACCAACAUUAAAAGAACCUCCAGCUGAACCUUGCAGAACAAUAUCCCCAGCACCAGUUAAACAUGAAACCCAAUCGUCAAAAGAGAAACAACAAUACCGACCUGAGAGAGGGUACCCUCUGAAUCUUUCUGUGAAUGUCAACUGUCAUAUGGACUAUAGUCGUGGAUAUGAUCCGUGGUUAGAAGAUUAUGAUAGUCCAAGGGCGAUUACAUCUGUGAAUUUGACUGUUUGUACACCUACAUCAAAUAUGGCAAGUCCGGUGAGAGAAUCAAGGGAUGACGAGGGGGGGUUUGAGGGUCAUGUGACGGUGACAGUGAGCCCGAGUACGGCGCGGCCUCCGCGUCGCGCGGCACCUCCGCCUCCCAACCAGAGGGCAUCAAGACUGGAGUCUCCGAGACCUACAAGAACUGCACCUGAGCCUCCUGGAUCAGUGAAUGAACGUUCCCUCAUCGAGCGCCAGAAGGAGCGUCUGGGCCGACUGGCGACUGCGCUGGCGCAGGAGCGGUCGCGGCUGGCGCAGCUCACCAGGGAGACACACAUCCUGGCCGCGCCGCCGCCGCCUGCACAGGCUGCGCAGAGACUCCGCGACUACGUGGAGAAGCUGAGAGAUCAGUGUGACACGCUCGCUAAGAGGCUCGAGAUGGGUGGCGCUGAGCAAGACGACUCUGGAAACUUCUACAGCAAUAUCUACACGGGGCAGCGUCCGCCGGCGUCGUGGCAGUGCCACAUGUGUACCUUCCGCAACCACCCGCUGCUUGACAAGUGCGAGGAGUGCGACAUGCCGCGGAUAUUCGUAGUGCGGGCACCAGACGGGAUAACAGUGCGGUUGAUGCCGGGCCGGCGGAAAAUUGUCCGCUCGUGGGUUUUAUGAGGCAGCCGAGUCGAGCCUCGGGGCCGACGUAUAUCGACUCUAUCUUAAGUGCAGUAGUACAAAAUAUCAAUUGAUCUGUGAUAUUCGCAUUUGGUAAUUUAAGUCUGAUUUUAAGUUACAAAAGUAUUUUUGAUUUGUCACAUUCCAAAGCCUGUUGUUUUAAUAAUUUUUGGUUGUUUUUCAUUUGUUUCACUUUUCCUAUUCUCUCUGAGUGCCAAAUGCGGAUACAUCGUUGUUUUUAUUGUAACGCUGCUGCACUUAAGGUGGAUAGGGAAGAUGUAUACAUGAGUGUAUUUAUGCUGUAUUUUAUUUAUGUUACUAUUAUGACGUGUAUCAACGUCGAUCAAUGAUUUUUUUUUAAUAUUAUAAUGUUGCAAUAUUAGAUCAUUUUAAAAGUUAAAUGUUUCAAGCGACAUUUAACUACUUUAAGUCUUAAAUGUUGACUACCCAAGCAAACUUUUUUAUAAUAAUCCGAUUGCAAAUCGUUUCAGAAUAUUCUAUUUUUUACCGUUGUGUCACAACAAAUAAAUAAGAUCGCUUUUUAACCGACCUCAAAAAAAGAAGAAGGUUAUUGUAUAUCUAAAAUGAACAACCAUGCCUAUUUCAUGCUUUUGCGCACUAUAGGAACUUUGUGUUCUACGACUUUAAAAAGGAGACAAAUAUUUUCGGAAAGUCGUAUUAAUAAAAGUUCCUCCGUAGCGAAUGCCACAGUCGUUGGUGACUGUACUGGUAUUUAAAUGGCAUUGAAAUAGAGUUUGGCAAGUUAACAGGGAGUGUUAAUAGUACGACUGAGAAUAUAAAAAGUUAGACUUCAUACAUAUUAUCUGUAUUAGUAUCAAUAUAAAUAAUGCUGUAUCUAAAACGGUAAAUGUUUAGUUUUUUUUAUCAUUCAUUAAGUGAACCGUUUAGUAAACGAAACCGCUGUUGGUAUUCCAAAAACAAAGAGGGCUUGAUAUUUUAUUGAAAAACGUCAUCAUUAUAAUUAUAUGUGAGAUGAGCAGUGAAAUUAUAUAUAAGUAGGUCAUCAGAUCACUGAUUUAAGAGCCACGGUCUUUUCGGUGUAGCAUUCUCCAUGCUACUUUUUAGGGAAAAAUAAUACAGUGGUUUCCCUCACAUUAAAUAAAUCGAAACACCUCCGAAUGUGAAAACAUGUCCGAGUUUAAUUAAAUUUUAAAUAAGGAACAAUAAUAUUAAUAAUUUGAAAAAGAAAACCGUUAUAAUACGCACUGUAAAAUAACUUUUAUUUUUAUUCUUUAUGCUCGUAGGUUUUCAGUUUCGGAUGAUCUUUACGAAACAAUCUUGCGUGGGGUUUCGAUUUUCUUUGACCUUUAAGAAGUGUAAAAUAUUUUCUCCAUCACAUAUCAACACUCUGUGUUAACUUGCUUCAAAUCAAAAUUACAUAUUUAAAGCAAAUCCAUUUCGCGUGAUGAUUUUUCAGCUUUGCCUGUAAUUAUAUUCUGAUGAACAUAAUUAUUAUCAUUAAAAUCUUCAUACUAAAAUGAUAAGUGAUCGAGCUGAUUCAUAAAGACUUAUCUUGAUCGGCACAUGUUAAUUUCCACCAUGUUGUAUGUACGGUCACGAGCAUUAAUAUGUAUACACUUUGGUACCAUGUCACAUUAACUUUUUUGACAAAUUUAACUGUAAGUCUCACUAAAUGUCAAAUAUGUUAGUGCGACAGAGUCCUAAAGUGGGUACAUUAUAUUGCUCAUGACUGUACACAUAAAAGUACUUUUAAACUUUUGAUACUGAGCAUCAGUGCUUGGAUUGUACAUUUAAAACAGACCUUGUGCACUUAAGAUGUAAUAGAAAUUAUGUUACACUUAUUUAGACGUGUAAAGGAAAUCGCCCUCUAUUACAUGGGACUUGAACAUAAUCUGCGAGAAGUGGGUGUGCUUACUGUACGCUGCUGAAGGGGUAGGCUGAGGCUGGGGCGGAUGUUCCUAUAUUUUAAGCUCUUUUUGGCAAUGUAAAAAAAUUGUGGCGAACAGGUACUUAAGUUUUAAACUAUGUUUACUUAUAAAAUUUGUAAUAAGUAUGCCUAUAUUGUAUUAUUGUCUCCCCAAGACUCCUUUGUUAGUAGGUCCAUAUAUAAUUUCUUACUUAUGGCAUAAACUUAGUGCACAAGGUCUCUAAGAAUCUUUAAAUACCCUUAACGAAGUAGACGAAAUUAGAUAGAAGUUAAAUCAGAAUGUAAAAUAACGAAACACUGUGAUUUCUAGUCGAUGCUCCGAACUUCAGAUUUUAUUGUGUAUAAGUAAUAAGCAUUUCUUUCUAUAUAAUAUUUUAAACGUAAAAACUUGUGCUCACAUAUUGUAUAUAUUAUUAUUACGAGUUUAUAUAAUGCAGUGUAGCCUGAAAUCGAAAUGUAGCGUAGUAAUAUGAAAAAUAUUUUACCUUUUUGAUAAAUGCUAGUUGCUAAAAUAUAUACCCAUAAAGCUAUAGGUCCUUUUCAUACUGGACAGAAUGGGGAUAAGAGUAACUUAUCUAAUAAUUGAUACUAUAAAACACCUUUUGGAAAGCUCUAGAUACUAUGAAAAAAAAUCUUUUGGAAAACUAUGCCAUUGAUUUAAAAAGGAGGCAAAAUAUGUGGUAAGCAAGCAGCUACUAUUGAGCUAUUAUAUCAAAGUAAGCAGCUCUCAGUUACCCAAUUUGAAUUAUUACCUUUUGCCUUAAUUGGGGGCCAUUUUUAUUGAUGGAGCCAUUAGUAAACUCCUAGAUCUCUACCUGUAGCCUGAUGUUCUAUAAACAGGUAUGAGUACCUGUUGGGCAGAGGCCCAACCCUCAAAGGACUGUAGUAAAGUCUCUACCUUUCUCUUUUACACUUCGUUUCAGGCUAUAUUAAUAAGAUUAUCUGAUUAUUACCUAUAUUGCGAUGGGUAUAAACAAGGGUCACUGAACAAUAAUCACAAAAAUUGCUGUCACAAAUUCAAGUUUAAGGUUUUAAGCUAUGAAUUAUCAAAAUGUUUAAACUUUUUACAUAAAUACUCCCUCUAUCAUCUUUCUGGAGCUGAAUUUAAGAAACUAGUUAUGUAAGCCCAGUAGUAUGAUGGCUGAGAGGGAUACAAAUAAGAUAAAUUCUGAAAAAUAUUUAAUUUCAAUCACCCUUCCACCGCUUAUGUUCAGUAUAAAACUGUGCAAGUAACGGAAAUAAAAUAAAAAUGAAUAUAUUAUGAUAUGCUCUUAGAAUGACAGGUUAAUAGAAAAUGUUUUGGAUAUUUUGAGACAGCCAUGUUUGUACAACAAAAUAAGAGUUAUGAAAGACUGUUUUGUAUAAAAAUCAACCAUUUUAUUGUAUUGUACCAUCAGGUGAAAUUGUGGUCAAAUGCGACCCUAUAUUAUUUAAGAAACAGUUCUUGCACAGGUUGAUAAAUAUUUUGUAAUGUUUGUGAAACAUUAUAUAGACGCUUUUAAAAGUAUAAACUUUCUAAAAUAUGUACUUAUUUUUAUUUAAUCAACACAUUUAUCGAAAUAAACUUGUUAUUGAAAUUUGUUUA